AUGGGAGACGAUGAAAACUACGUACGUGUGGGAUGGAAUCAUUCUCAUGUACGUGAGCAGUCCAUAAGAAUUGUGAGACGAUGGAUGGAGGAAGAUUCUAUUACUGGACGUGUGGUUCUUGGUAGAAGAGGCGGUGCUGCUGGUGCGAAGAUAUUCAACUGGGAUUCCUCAGCACCAUCAACCGAGUUUUCAAUUUCAGAACUCCUCGCGCGUAAGAACCAUUCGAGACAGACCUCCGCGGCCUCCAAGGGUGUAGCAUCACCUACAGCGGCAUCAUUUGGAUGGGGCCACGCUCCCCUUCCCUCGCCUACUGCUGCUGCACCACCAUCUGCGCCUCGCACUUCUGAUGUCAGUGAGCCUGAACCGGCUUCGACUACUGAAUCAUCACCUGUUGAGGCUACUAAGAUAUCUCCUGUUUCAAAAACGAGACCACCGCCUCUGGACUCCCCUCCAAGACCGCGUAUUAUUGAGGAGCCUCCCUCACCUAUCAAGCCAAUACCACUGGAACCUACAAACCGGCCUAUAUCUAUAUCACAACCUCUACCCUUCCCUUCGUCUCCUACAAUUUCAGAACCUCAGUCUCCCAUGAACACUACCGCCCUCUUAGGGAACAACCGACCUGUAUCAAUCUCACAAGCACCGAGGUCACCUCUUGCACAGCCUCCAACAAACGCAGGAUGGGGCGAUGACGAUGACGAGGAUGAUGAUUGGGGAGACAUGGUAUCUUCACCUACAGUCGAAACAAACGGCGGGUUUGCUUCUAUGAAUGCGAUUGUGAAUGCCGAAAGAGCCAACGACAAAGAAAACACCGGAAAAUCCUUGAUUGCAGGCCAAUCCCCGAUGGUAGAGUCUUUCAAGGAUGAGCCUGAGGUGGAAACGCAAUCCAAUGGUCGUCUUUCCAUGGAUACUUUGGCAGUGCCAUCGCAAAACCUUGUGCCUAACAACCCUCGACUAACGGGGCCCCACUGGAAUAAACCGCAAGCAUUACAAAAUGCGGCCUUGGGCCAUUCCCGAUCCACGACUAUUGACCUACUUACUUCACCCAGAAAGGUGCCAAUGCCUGGUCACUUACGAUCGACAACAAUCGAUUUGGGAAACCCCCGCUCACCUCUGAAUGGAUUUGCAUCUGCAAACCUGACCCCUACUGAGGCGAAAUCAUCUGUUGAACAAACAAAUAAAGCCAACAGCUGGGACUCUUGGGGUUUGGGGCUGAUUGAUGAUUCCAGCAGACCAGUCAGUCCAGAAAAAGAUAGCGCAGCCGCAAACCAGACACCACAAACAUUAACAACACCCCUUGACACACUGAAGGGCAACUCUACACCCAAGAAACCACGGCCUAUGUCACUGCCUCUUCCUCCCCGACCACAGACAAUCACAGCGUCUUCAGAAGACGAUGAAAUUGUUGCAAAUAUUCUCCGAGAUCUUCCAGAUCUCUCUUAUAUGUUACGAUAA